AUGGGCUGCACGUCGUCGACACCGCUCAAGGAUGCGCCGAGCGCACACCAGGUUGCCCAGCCGGCAAUGGCUCAGCCAGCGACAGCUCAACGAGCUGCAUCUCACCAGGCUACAGGCCCCCAGCCCACAACAGGCGUAUCCAACACCACGUUGCCAGACGACAUCAAAGAUGCCAUCAAACGCGCCGACGCCGAGAAGAGCGCCUUCAUGGCGGCCAUGGUGAACGCUCUGCCCGAUAUCCUGCACGAGCCCUCGAUGUGGUGCCUCAGUCUCGACAUUGCCCUCGUCAUCAUCUACCUCGUCGACGAUGGUGUCGCAGGCCCGGAGGUGCUCGUCGUCUUCCAGCGAAAGAACGGCUCGUUUGCCACGUCUGAAGCGCUGGCCAGUCUGCAGCCGGCCGGGUCGGAAGCCUACCUCGUCAACAAGGUCAAGGGCGAGUGGACCAAGCUCUGCGAGUCGAACGGCGCCCUCGGCACCAACCGCCCAGCACGCCUGAUUCUCUCGUACCGGCCCAAUUUUGCAGGGCCCGGCGCGCUCCCCCAGAACCUCACGGCGACCUUUGCGAUGCCACCGGCACACAUCGGCAUGCCCGCGGUCACUGGUGCGGCAGGGAUGGCCGAGUGGCUCCGCACCCUGCAGACAAGCGGCCUCGAAGCCGCGAGCAACUAUCGGCGCAAGUUCAGCAACGGGCCUGGUCCGGGCGAGGUCACGACCGUGCUCACCGUGCCCUUCCGUCUCAACGCCCCCGCUCCGGGCCAAGAGCACCUCGCGUCCAGUUCGGUGGUCACUCGCGCCGCGCCAGUCCUGUCAUUCCAACGGGCGUUGAUCGCCAUGCUCCCCAGCUUUGCACGCUCCAUCUGGCUCUCGGCGUCACUGGCUCCCGGCGACGGCCGCAACGUUCCCGACGACGACAAGGUCGAUAUUACCGACCUGCUCGGCCCCUUUGUGGCCCUGUUCCGAGGCAAAUGCGGCGUCGACGACCCCAUCCGCGUCGUGUUCAAGUACGCACCAAAGACAGCGCAGGCUGCAGAGCGCGUGGAGGUGGACUUGGCGUGGAUGCCGAGGGAGACCCGCGACCCCAGCAAGGAGGAUACCAUGGCUAGGUGGGUCACCCUCCUGGAGACGAACAACGAGGAGGCCGCGAGAUGGGGCAUCCACUCGACAGACACGACCGAUUCGGACAUCGGCGACAUUAGCCUCGUCGGGGACCCGGCGACGCUUGACGUGUUGGCUUGCAAGUGGUCACCGGCGUUCAAGGCUUGGGUCGCGGGGUCAGAUCAGGCCUUUCCGACAACCACGGCGACAGCGGCCACGUACGUCAAGGUGGGGGCACAGGCGUAA